GCGAACGAAUUGAAUUCCGAGGAAGCACGAGAGCGCCUGCGACAAUACCAAGAUUUCCAAGAGCGUAUUAGACAACAUCGUGAACCCGUUAACCGAGACAAGACGAUGGCACCUACGGCACGGCAGUCAGUUGCGCAGCGUUCACUUGAGAACUCGUUGAACCGGCCUCAGCCACAGCAUUCAAAUCCAGCUCCAGCACCCGACCGUGAGCGCUUCAGCAAUGCAGAGGUAAAAUUGUUGUAUUUCUUCAGGAUAUAUGCAGAUUAUUAA